UCAGCAUGGCUUUUUGGGGCAACAGAAGUUGGCUACUGGGCAGACUCCUCUAUAUUUAAGAAUAAUAUCACAACAACUCCUCUACUUUGGCGGAAACAGGCUGUAAACCUACGCGAGGAAACAUUUAUUGGUGAAGUAUCGUCCAUUACUUUUCAAACGUUACCUGGCAACCAAGCGACAGAGCUCCUGAUGGUACAGCGUGGCUGAGGAGGGCCGACAUACUUCACCUGUUUUAAAACAAAUAACAGCAAACAUUUCAUCGAAAGUUGCUACAAUGUCAAAGGUGAAAGAAAAGAAAAGAGACUCUACUUCCUCUAAAUCACAGCAUCCUAAACCUACAAAGGAAAAUAACGCAGUGAAAAGGAAAAAGAAAUAUUGGAAAAAAAUGCCGUUUAAAAAGAAGAUGCUUCCACUCGAGGAUAACGAAAAAGGCCAAACUCAAAAGAUAUCACCUCCAACAGAUGCUCUACAGUUCUCUGCCAACUGGAAAGCAUUACAAGAGAUAAUAAAAGCGAGUCCGCCUGAGAAGAAGCAGCCAGAUACAACGAAACAUCAGAAUGGUGUGCUGCAGAAAGUGGAGGAUAAAAACAAAUCUUCUAAAAAUAUUUCUAAGAACAAUGCCUCUCACAAUCAGACAGGUCCUGGAAAAGCAGUCAAGCACAAAAUUAUUAGCAGCAAUUUUGUCUCAAAAGACAAGGAAAAGGUGAGUGUGAAAGCUCCAACUGUCUCAGAGACAAGACAGUCUGCCGCUCCAAAAAGGAAAAAGGACAGCGCAAAUACAUCAAGCAGUCAGCAAGCAGCCAAGAAAAAGAAAUCUGUUGUGGAAGAGAGCAAACCUACAGAAGAGGACAUCUGGUUUGAUGAUGUGGACCCUGAUGACAUUGAGGCGACGGUGGGACCAGAGGCAGCAGAGAUCAUGAGGAGGAAGCAGGGCAUUCGAAAAAACGAGGACACGGAGAGCACCCUGGUUAAGGAGAGGGCUUUUGAAGGCCUCACCAAAGCUGUUGCCAUCGAUUGUGAGAUGGUAGGAGUCGGUCCUGAUGGGGAGGACAGCAUCUUGGCACGCGUGUCGCUCGUGAACCAGUUUGGGAAAUGCAUCUAUGACAAAUAUGUGAAACCGACGGAGAACGUGACAGAUUACAGGACAGCUGUCAGCGGCAUCCGACCACAUGACAUUAAAGAUGGAGAGAAUGUGAAGACUGUGCAGAGGGAGGUUGCUGAGAUCCUGAGAGGAAGAAUAGUGGUUGGACACGCUAUACACAAUGACUUAAAGAUUUUACUCUUGGAUCACCCAAAAAAGAAAAUCCGGGACACUCAGAAGUAUAAACCCUUUAAGAAGGCAGUAAAGAGUGGUCGACCUUCACUCAAAGUCCUCUGUAGAGAAAUACUCAAUGUCAAGGUCCAGCAGGGUGAACAUUCAUCCGUCCAAGAUGCGCAGGCCACCAUGAGGCUGUACACAAUGGUGAAAAAACAUUGGGAAGCAGAGAUUAAAGCCAGUCACAAAGACAGAGACUCACAUAAGAAAAUUGAGAGAAAACCCAAGUCUCCUAAGAACAGGAGCAACACUUUCAUGGGAUUAUGAAUUCAAAACUAAUCUGUAAGUGGACAGAUCAUCUCUGAUCUAAGCCGACUUGACAUAAAUGAUCAGAGGUUUCCGUUUGUUUUCAGAAGAGAAAAAAAACCAAAAGCAGAUGUUGAACAAUUAUGACAGGAUAAAAGCUUACGUAAGAUCUAUCACAACAGUUCCACGAAGUGAGGAAAAAGAAGCCACGAAGAAUACCAAUGAAAAUGAAUAAUUUCUUUUUAAAAAUGUGCAUAUAGUGUGUGAUGACAGGGAUUUCAUCAGUCUGAACCCCUCAGACAGGGCAUUCCAGGAUGUGAAAGACUUGAUUGUUUUUGCUGAUUUACGUAAAAAGCCAGGAGUGUUCUGCCUGAGCAUCUCAGGCUGUGACUCACACAGGGAUUAAAACAUCUGAGAGAGCAUGGAAGCUGAAUUUACACUGAUCCUUUCAGCCAUUUCCUCCUUAGAUAUUUCCAGACAUCAUUUCCCCAAACUGUUACUCCCAGCAUCAGAGGCAGGUGUUCAAAUGCAAUUUCCUCUAUGGACAUGGACCCGCAGUGCCCCUGAGAAACCAAAAUCAUUUCUCCAAUACUACCCAGGCAUCGCAUCAGCAUAAUAUUUUUGCGUUAUGUUUCCAGUGUUUUAUCAUUUCUCUGUUUUGAACUUUGGUCUAUAAUGAGUUGGUUUGUUACAGUUUAAUUCAUGGUUGCCUUAAAAGUUGUUGGGAAGUAGAGGAUGAAUAAAACAUGAGAGAAACUCUUUAUAUAGAGCUACAGCAUAUUGCAUUUCUUGUUCAUAAUUCACCUCACUAGUGACAGUUUUUUUUUCAUGCACAGAAAGGAAACCACUGACAUAUCCAAGACCGCUAUAGUCCACAGAAUGAUCUUUCUAUGAGGCACUUUUUUUGUCAGUUGAUGCGUGUGAUAUCCAAAUUGUGCUCCUUGGCUUUUUCUAAUCAUGCUCUGUUUUGCAGCACAGUAAUAAGUUAUGCAGCUUUUAAGGGUGAUGCUGGUUUACAGUGACAAUUCGUUUUUUGGUUUUUAUUUUUAAUUUUUAUUUUGGAUUAUUUACUACUUUACAAAUGCCAGAGUUCCCAAACAUGACACCCAGACCUUUGAUUUUACACAUAUCCUCAAGGCAAACUCAGAUGACCCCAGAUGCACCAACAGAAACAGAUGCAUCAUGUUUUCUUGCCUAAUGUAUCUGUAUGUCUUUUGUUUCUUUUCCAGAGUGCUUUAUAUGUUUUUAAUUCUCUCAACAAUGUAUCAGAUAGUUGAGUUUAAUAUGGUGACUCGUCUUUUCUCUUUGGAUCAUAGCUGCAUAGUCCUCUGAUAUAACUGUUAAACUAAAACUCCAGUGAUAAAAUGAGGACCCAGAGAAUGCCAGUGUGAUUUGCCGCCCAUGUAUGAUUGACAAUGGGCUCCUCUCACAGUCAAAAUUAAGCUUAAAACCUUGGUUUGAAAAGCACAGGCUCCAAAUUACACUUAUAUGUUCAAUUGUGGAGCUCGAUCAAUCAGAUUCUGGAGGCCUCGGAUUAAUGAAAAGUUUUCUCUGACGAACACUGACU